AUGGCAAAUAUUAGCAGAAGUAUUGUUAAUUUAAUUAUAGAGGUGAUUUUAUAAAAUAUAUAGUUAAGAAAAUAGAUUGAUACAAAUUACUAAUUUAUAAUAAUUAGUAAGAUAAAAUUAGAACUUAAAAUAUAGAAUUAAUAAAUUCAUUAAUCAAUUAUCAAAAAGGAUCUUAAAAAUCAUCAAUUAAAUACAAUGACUAUAAUGCAGGGAAAAAUCUAAAAUUCAUUUUUUAUAAUACUUAACAUAAUUAUCAUUUCACUCUUUUAGAUAUUUAUAGAUUUAUCAUUAAAUUCUCCCAAAUACUUCUAAAUUGAUUGA